CUGUCUGGGCUCGGUCUUGUUUGGUCCGACAUGGCCAAAUGCACCAAGAAGAUCGGAAUCGUCGGUAAAUACAGGACCCGUUAUGGUGCCUCCCUCCAGAAAAUCGUGAAGAAAAUUGAAGUCAGCCAGCACGCAAAGUACACUUGCUCCUUCUGCGGCAAAACCAAGAUGAAGAGACGAGCCAUGGGCAUCUGGCACUGUGGUUCCUGCAUGAAAAAGGUAGCUGGUGGUGCCUGGACCUACAACACCACUUCUGCCAUCACAGUAAAGUCUGCCAUCAGAAGACUGAAGGAAUUGAAGGACCAGUAGAAGCACCACCAUUUGAAACAUUGCUAGCCUAUAAUAAGUGGGUUAAUUUACGUAACAA